AUGAAACGCUCUUUUUCUUGGUCUCGUGUCGGCAAUCGCGCUAUUGUUAAGACACCAAAAACCAAGGCCAAAAUAAUGAAACUUCAUGCUCCCGGCUUGUAUACCAUACAGCACAUAGGCUCAGUUGAUAUACCUAGUAGUAUCCAUUUCUUGCGUGAUCUAAGAAAGAAGACGAUACCAAGAUUGAAAUUUAUGAAAUACCAUGCCUUGAAGAACGCUCACAUCUUGUUGAAGCCCCUUGAAAAAGAAGCAAAAUUAAAGAAGAAGAGUACAUCAUAUAGAAGAUCACCAUCUUACGAUGAUGCCGAGACUUGUACAAAGUGGACGAGAAGCACUUGGUUCCCAAGUUCGAGAGCGGGUGCUCCAAUCGUUAUCCUCAGGGAUAUCUUUUAG